AUGUGGAAAUCUCUGGAUUUAGUUGAAAUUAUAUUUCGAUUGGGGGAUAUUCCGGCUUUGAGUAAUCAAGUAUUGACUUUAUUGAGAAGAAGUCCAGGACCGAUGGCAUUAUGUCCAGAUUUGCUCUUUCUUGGUGUUUUGCAAAUAAGUAUGCCAAUGACUCAAUUUCGUGUUCAUGUACUUAAAUACCUCGUAUCAGUUUUAUUAUCUGGCCAUUCAAAUGCCGUCCCAGUAUUUCAAUUUGCUUGGAAUUUCGAAAAUCAUCGUGUCCAAAUGCGUCAAAUUUUGUUUGGUUCAAUGGCCGCUUAUUAUUCACAAAAUCCGGAAGACCAAAGCCGUUUAACACGAAUUUUGGAAAUUACACACGAAUUGAAAGGGCUGAGUGAAUUGUUGAGUAUAAAUCAAUUCCCGUUUGUUAUUGACAUGGCUAUUUUGGCUGCGAGAAGGGAUUUUUUGAAAUUGGAUAAAUUUAUUGAAGAUAAAUUAACUGAACACGGUGAGAAGGAAGGAAGAAAUGAAUUAUUUUGGGAGUAGAAAAUACGAAUUAAUUAGUUAAAUUAUUGUCCUGGGUUAGAGGAAGAAUUUUUGUUUUAGGGAUACUCUAGCUGAACAGAGGCAAUCCUGUUUAAGCAAUCCCGAUACUAAUUGUGAAAAAUUCUGUUCGUUAUUCUCAUUUCUUCAAAGCCUUUCUUUUCCUCUUCAAUUAAGGAAAAGAAGAUUCCUCUUCCUCUUACAAACUCUCUCCAAUUGGAACCUCUUCAUUCCCAUUCCAUUCCUUCCUUGUAGACCCUCUUAUCUCCUUUUUGAUUUUAGAAAUUUGUUAAUUUCUCCGCCUUGG